ACCGCGCUCCAAGUGCAACAGUCCGCAUUGGGGCAACAACACUGACGACAUGGAAAACGGCAAUAACAGCAAUGCCUCCACACCCAUCGCCUCCUCACCCAAUCCCAACGAGCAACAGGAGGCAAUUGCUCUGAAAAAGGCACUGGAAUGGGAACUAAGUUUGGAUGCACGAGAGCUACGUUCACAUGCCUGGUACCAUGGAGCACUGCCACGUCAGCGUGCCGAGGAGAUUGUCCAAAGAGAGGGUGAUUUUCUAGUCAGGGAUUGCGCCUCCCAGCCGGACAACUACGUGCUCACCUGUCGCAGCAAAGCGGCAGUGUUGCAUUUUGUGCUCAAUAAGCUGGUGCUACAACCUGAGACUGUCUACGAGCGAGUGCAGUAUCAAUUUGAGGAGGAUGCUUUUGACACUGUGCCGGAUCUGAUCACCUUCUAUGUGGGAUCGGGUAAACCCAUUUCGGCCGCUUCGGGUGCAUUGAUACAGUACCCAUGCAAUCGGACAUAUCCACUAUCCUUUUACGGGCACAAGAUUGUGGGCAAUCAGCUGCACACACAGAUGCUGGCCGGACUACGUGGCCUGAGUCCAUUGAACUCACCCAUGGGCAGCACAACAGGUGGCGCUGGCAUCUUUCGCUUUGGCCAGUUGGCAAACGAAGUGCCAGGAACACAACAGCCGGCGACGCCAUCAAGUCCGCAUUGUUCGCCACCUCGGGUGCGUCGUGAGGUGCCACCUCCUCGGCUGCCAUGCAAGAAGCAGCAACGCUCCCAGAGCUUGACACCUGCCCAGGCAAUGGUUGUGUGCAACAUCAACAAACAGCAGGAGCAACAGCAGCAGCAGCAGACGGCGGCAGAGACAGCCAAUGGACCUGGCAUGGCGCGAUUCCAGACCAUUGCCCGUUGUAAUCCCACCAGCGAUUUGCAGUUGCAGCCACAGCAUCUGGAGAGCAAGUUCAGCACACAGUCCUUGCCACGUCCGAGCACUUCGGCGGCGCAGGCUCUCAGGCAACAGGCGGCGGCAAGGAUUUGCAGUUUGGCUCGCAACUGUAGCCUGGAUACGCCCGAUAGACCACCCAGUCCACCGCCCAAGCCCCGCAAGGAGCCCAUGGCUGCGGUGCUGGCAUAUCAGGCCAGUGGCUCGGAUUCGGGAAACGGUUCAGGCGAUUCGGCGCCAGGCGAUGUCAGUGAAUUGAGCCUACAACGGGGUGGUGUCAUCAUUAAGAAUCCACGAUUCAUGAGCAGUUCCGCCUCCAAUGGCACAUUGAAGAGCUUCACCGAAUUCGACGCUCUCGCUGCGGAGGAGCAGCUCUUCUCCCUGCCCAUCGAGGAGUUUAAGCUGUGCAGCAAAUUUGAUUUUGAGAACUUUGUCACUUUGUUGCUGCCAUCGGUGGAGAAUAAGCCAUUGGAUGGCGAUGCACUGAACACCUUCAAGAUGAUGCUCCUGGAGACGGGACCCAAGCUGCUGGCAGAGCAUAUAACACGCAUCGAUAUUGGGCUAUUUCUAGACGAGCCGGCCAAUGAACUGGAAUCAUACUUGAGCUGUUCGGGCUUGGAGUUCUUGACACUGCCACAUGGCAAAGUCUUCCGCGAGGACAUUAUCGAGCGCACGCAGUGUAUUAAGCUAAUGGUCGCUGUUACCAUACUCACCUGUCAAACGGAUCUCGAUCGAGCCGAGCUCCUCAGCAAGUGGAUACAGAUUGCGGUGGAGACGAAGACGGCGUUGGGAAAUCUGUUUGGCUUUUGUGCCAUUAUGUUGGGAUUAUGUAUGCCGCAGAUUCAAAAACUGGACCAAGCCUGGCACAUUCUGCGUCAAAAGUAUACUGACAGCGCAUUUACGUUCGAGGCCAAACUGCGUCCCACUUUAAGCAGCAUGAAUGAGGCCUCCAAUCCGCAGGCUCCGAAUACAACAGUACCCCAUGUUCUGCUCUAUGCUCUACUUAUUGAUAGACCCGUGCUGGAUAUUAUCAAUCAUGGAAAUGUUGAUGAACGUCCUGCACUUUAUAAUACCUGUAUUGCGCCCUGGGAAUCGAAGGCCGACGAUUUUGGUAUGGGCAUCAAUUUCCAGCAUCUGGAUGCCUCGCGUGGUUUUCUUAAGAACUUGGAUUUAUAUCGCAAGAAUGCCAAGAUCAUUUUGGAAGAAGCCAGCACCCGGCUAGAUGAGCUGCUGGCGGAUGCCUUCCGCACCGAAUUUCACGUGAAGUUUCUAUGGGGCAGCUCGGGAGCUACGGCCAAGCCCGAGGAUCGACAUGGCAAGCUUGAAAAGGUGCUAACCCUGAUGGCUGAUAAGUUUUGCAGUAUCAGCGCCUAACUCUGUAUAAAUAAUACCAAAAUCAACGAUAUUAAAUGGACUCUAGUUUUUUAAGCUGAUCAUAUUUACUACAAUCAAAACUCUAUAUAUAAUUACGUAUACUAGUCCCUUACACACAAUCCAAAAUGAUUCAUCAAGCUUCCUGCAAUUUAGUGCUGGUUCUACCUCAGCCUAUGUGAAAUAGAAGCACUUUUGUUACAGUUCAAAUAAUUUAUGAAAGAAAAGAAAAGAUAAAAACUAUUUUAAAUUUAGUUAAGACAAAGGAACUACUUAGUAUUUGUUGAAACACUCCAUAAUAUAGCAACUUCCGUUCCCAUAUAACUAUACACUUAUCAAUUGAAGUAAUCAAAAUAUACCCUACACCGAAAGCUAAAGACUCUAAGAGAGUUGUCAAAACCAAAAAAUAAUAUAUUAAUAUUGAAGCACUCUACCAAAGGCAUUUAAAGUCUAGUACUUAACACAUAUUCAACUAAAUAACGUAUUAAACUAUAGAUUGGACAAUAUACACUUAACCAAAUUCAUAAUUUAUACAUUUAUACGAGCAUGUACUUGAAUGAUAUAAUUUUUUGCAAUUUUAUAAGUGAUAGUACAGUAAACAAUGAUAAAGAAAUAAAGGAAAUAUUAAAACAAUGUGGAUCUAUAU